AUGGCCGUCUAUAGUCAAGUGAAGCACGCUCUUUAUAACAACCAAGACAUGAAUUCGCUACUUGAACCAAUAGCAAGCGACGAUAUGCAACAGUUUUGUGUGGAAAUGAUGAAACGCCUCGAUAUUCAACGAAAGAACGAGUCUUUCUGUGACGUGAUUCUAGAUGUCGGCUCUGGUGACGGCAAGGCUCGUUUGAAAGCUCACGGAAACGUGCUUUGUGCAGCAAGUCCGUUCUUUUACAGCGCUCUCAACAACGACAUGAAAGAAAAGAAAGAUGGUGUAAUCCUUUUGGAAGAAACCAACAAAACUACGAUGGAAAAGGUGCUAGAGUUUGUCUACACAGGGCGUGUUGAAGUCACGCAAUACGAUGCCUUUGAUUUGCUGGAAACGGCAGAAUUCUUCAUUAUCCCGAGUCUGAAAUGUGCUGCGGGCAAGUUUAUCUCGCAAAAUCUGCUGACUCCCUCAAACUGUAUAACACUUUAUUAUUCUGCUCAGAGGUAUCAAUGCCCCGAAUUGCAGCAAAAAGCAAGAAAUUGUAUCUUUGAAAAUUUUGUGAGUGUGACAGGUUGUGAAGAAUUUCAGAAUUUAAGCAUAGAACAAGUUGAAGAAUGGAUUUCAAGCGAUGAAAUCAGGGUGAACGAAGAGGAAGACGUUUUUAAAGUGAUUACUGGGUGGAUGGAAGAAAACAAGCCAAAAGAGCAAGAACGGUUUUUCGAGUUGUUUCGCCAUGUUCGUAUUAUUUACCUGUCACCCACGUAUGUUGUUAAUGAGGUUUUGUCGUGUCCUUUGGUGAAAGGAUCUGAGACAUGUACCGCGUUUGUACAAGAUGCAAUGAAAGACCUCUCCACUGGAACAGAAGAAUGCUAUUUUGCUCAGCCACCAAGAAUUUGUCUAAAGAAGUUUGAAGAUUGCCUUGUUGGUUGUGGAAAGGAGAAACUCUACGGUUAUGUCCCUACCGAGAACAGAUGGUAUGAGAUGGCAAACUACCUGAGUCCAAAAUUGUUUCCUUUUCAUAUGGCUGCCUGUGAUGGCAAACUUUAUGUCACUGGGGGAACUUUUAAUCCUCAUCAAUCUACAAUAGAGGAAUAUAAUCCAUCCAGAAACUCGUGGACACGUUUGAAUUCUUACACUAGUGCAAUUGCUUGCAUUUUGCCUGCAGUCAUUAACUUUCAAGGAUCUUUGUUUGUAAUUGGCGGGAAAAAAGAGCAGCAAAGGAACAAGGAGAAAGGAAGUAAUCGUGUCUAUAAAUACAGUCCUGACACAGAUCAUUGGCAAGUGUUAGCUUCCUUAAGAGUUGGCAGAUCUGCUAUAUGUGCAGUGGCUGAUAGAAACUCUUUAUAUGCAAUAGGUGGUGAGUCCAAUAAUGAACGCUUAGAUGUAGUGGAGAGCUAUGACCCUCACAGAAAUUCCUGGCAUAAGCAUGCCAGGACGCUGGAAAAGAAAGCCCAUUCCUUUGGUGCAAUUUUCAGAGGCAAAGUCUACGUCUUUGGUGGAUUUAAAAGUCGGCAAUUCGAUUCAUGUUCAAGUCUUAUUGAAAUGUACGAUCCUGACUCAAACACGUCGAGGACCGGCCAUUUGGUGUUGUCAGCUUUAAAGGAGAUUGGGAUAGUAGAGCGAGCGAAACGCGAGCGCGCGUGAAAAUCACCCCAGGGCGGGGAAUCCCAACAUGGCCAUUUGGUGUUGUCAGCUUUAAAGGAUCCAAUGGGAUUCCUUGA